GGGAGUCAAGGCACGAUGCCGGGUUCCCUGGAGGUAACCCAGAGCACAGAAGAUGAUCCUCUACUUGAUGCACCACUUCUUCCACCUCAUGAAUUGCAUUCACAACUGAGUCCGAGAUUCCAUGCUAUUCCGACAGUCUUAGUUGCCAAUUUUCUGUUGCUUCUACAUGUUGCUUUUGUUGUCUUAUCAUUUUUAGCAGGUAUAUAUUGUUCUUCUGCACACCCAGUUGAAGAUGUGUGCCCUGGAAACUACACCAACCCACUUAAGGUGCAAAGUGUCAUAAUCAUUGCAAAGGUAAUUCUGUGGCUUUUGCAUGUUCUCUUUGAACGAUAUGUUCAGCAUCAUCACAGUAAAGUCAGAAGCAGAGGAUACCUCAAGAUCUACCGAUCAACAAGAAAUCUUAAAAGGCUGCCACUCUUAAUACAUUCUACAGGAAAUGCCGCCCUGCUUCUGAUACUGGCAGCUUGCUAUUCCUUUCCUGACAACAGGAAAGUAUGUCUCUACCUGAUCCUGGGAGUAUUGUGUCUGGAGCUGGUUUGUUCUCUGUUAUGCAUAGUCAUUUACACAGUGAAAAUAAGCAAUUUCAACCAGGCAAAGCCAAGGCCAGAUAUAAUUGAGGAAGAGAAGAUAUAUGCUCACCCCAGUCACAUUACCUCAGAGAUUGGAUUCAGGGAAAGCUCAAGUUUGGAAGAAAUAGUUGAAAAGCAAGGAGAUGUGAUAGAUUAUCUCCAACGACACAAUGCACUGCUCAGCAAGAGACUACUAGCGCUAACAUCUCAGCAAAUGGGAGAUUAGGAAUAUCCAGGAAGCUGCUGCUGCAUUUCAGGUGGAAUCCAAAGUAACAACUUGAUUCAGAGGACAGAAAUCCACUUGAUUGCCUCUAAUGGAGGUAGUGUAGACCAGUUAAGUUGAAUGUAUGAAGUCUAUUAGAAGUGUAAAAUUUGCAGCUGGUGAUACUGUCUAUUUUGAACAGACACUUUGUUCAGAGUUGGACCUGAGCUCCCUGUUUUAAUUUUGUUCAGUUGAGAUUUUUUGCACUUCUGUAACAAACUCCAAACUACUAAGUCUUCUGUGCUUCUAGAACUCAAACGUUUGUUUUCCAGAAUGAAACGUAGCAAGAUAUGGACUCUCUUGAUUUGGAGUUUCUUAUGGUUACUAUGAAACCAAAUAUUGUAACAAGGUCUCCUUGUCUGCCAUGAUGAGUUUAAAGGGUAUUUUGUUUCAAAGUUGCCUAAACAUUCUUCUUCUAAACAAAUAGGGAAAUGAAGCAACGAUGAAGAAUCGGGUAUCUGGCCUGAAACACAUGAGUCUCUUUUGUAUGCAGGAAAAACAGGAUCUCAUUUCACUAAACAUAGAAUGUAAAGGCCAGGCUUGCAGAAAGAUGAUCAGAUUGAUGCCUGCUUCACAGAAUUUCAGUGUAAAAUAGUUAAAUCAAAUUUUUGUAGCAGUCCUAAGUGGGGUUUUAUCUUUUUGCUGAGAUUAUUAAAAAAAAAAAAAA